AUGGAGACAAGAGGAGGGUUAUUGAAGAGGAAUGAAAACAUGGUGAUAAAGAUAGGGUCCGCCAUGGCUUCAAUAGAUGAAGCCUUGCCAUGGGUGACACUAGUGGACUCUAUCGACAACGCUAACAACUUGAGUGAUGCCUCAAGGCAAGGAGGUGGCAGCGGCGAUGCUAAGGGCAGACUGGGCUCUAGUGGGUUUGGUCAUCUGAUCUGUGCCGAUGGAGAGGGGAAGAGGCAAUGCCAUGGACACUGUGGCGACUUGUGGCGACGCUGUCUUAGUGGGAGAUACCAGAGUAUCCCAGGUGACAGAGACACCCUGGAUAGUGGCGACUCCAGGCACAGGACGUUGGUGGGCGAUGCUAGAAUCAAAGGUGGCGACUCUCUGGGCAAGGGUGAAUCCAGGUAUGACGCAUUGAUGGGCAGCAUCAGGAAAGGUAGGAGGAGUAUUGUUCUGCAUGACUUGGGCUCAAGAAAAGGCGAUGCCAAGACAAUGGUAAGCCUGGGCGAUGCGUUUGGCGUCAAAAACAAUCUUGGCGACGCCAUUGGCGUAACUGGUGGCCUAGACAGCACCCUAAGGGUUGUUGACGGAGGCCUAGGAAAUGUUGACAUUGUGGGCUACAGUGAAGGUGAUUUCCAGUGA